GCGAGGCCGCAGGGACAUGGUAAUAUUUCUUGAAUGGCCCCGGACAGCCGUGGACCCGAAGAGCAGCAGCGUUUUGCCGAUGACUGGCGAAGACACUGGUUUGGAGGCUUUGGCCUCACCGCUGGCGGGGUAUUUGGGAAAAGUCAGUGGAGCUCUUGCUUUCCUCUCAGUGAUGUCACUUGCGCAAAGCUGAAUUCUAUUUGAAAGAAUAUACUGUUAUUGGGCAGUACCAAUCCAAAAACGAACCAAGAAAACCAAACACAAAUGGAAAUCUGUGGUUGUAAAAGGCGAAAGUAUUUUGGUUUUAUCAGAUUGUGUGAAAAGUCAAAGAUUAGCAAAGUGUUACGGCAUGAAACUUUCCAAUGUACUUCUUUUCUUACAUGUGUUUAUCUGCUUCUAACUUGUGUGUUGUUACUCAUCUGGUCUCACUGAAACGCUCAAUGAUUAAGGUUCAGGAAAGAGCUGCUUCACUGGAAAAUUGUCCUUGGUGCUCGUCAAAGGGUUUCACCUACGCUCUGCGCUCUUACCACAUCAACCUGCAGGAGUCCAUCACCCUCUGCACAAACCCUCAGUGCCUUUUCCCGCUGGUCACCCGGCCCUUGGAGGACGUCUUGUCCAGCUUGGAGCCCUCUGAUUGGAACAAAAGAAAACAAUGCUGCUCACUGGAAAAGGAAGAGCUGCUUCAACCUCCACCUAAACGCCUGCGGACAGGGGAAGCUGGUGAACCCGGGCCACAGGGGGUCGCUAACAGUCCUGUUAGAAAUGGCCUGCAUGCAACACCCGAGACUGACGCUGGGACGGUUAAUGGAUACCACCAGGAUGAGGACGUUAUUCAAGGAAGGGAUCCAGAUGCUGCUGCUUACAUAGAUGCACUCCCACCAUCUAAAUGCUCAGCCUCAGUUGGACAUUUGUCAGAGGUUUUGGUCACCGCUGGUGAAAAUGAGCCUGCACUGUCUCCUGGUUCCAGUCAGGGAAUUUCUCCAACUAAUAUCAACGUUUCAACAACCCAGUUGGGUGAACAGACAGCGUGGGUCGAGGAGAAAUCACAAACGACAGACGUCAGCACAUGUAAGGACGCCGAUGGCAUCACGUCAGAGUGUGAGGAUUUGUCUCGUACCUCGUCAGGAGACGCGGACGAGCUGGUCUCGGCUCCGGAGCAGCUGUUCUGGAGAAACAGCAACAACCUGUGUUGGCUGGACUCGCUGCUCGCUGCUUUGGUGAACUGUAAGAGCUUAAGAAAGUGUAAACCUGCAGACGAGCCUCAGCAGUCAGCCGUGUGGCAACUGAUGAGGGGAUAUGAGGAUGUUUCUGCUUCCAUCCAAGUGCAGCAACAGACUGGGAGAGAUGGAGUUGCUCGGGUGCCGGGUCGUGUGGUGCAGACGGCCGACGCCGACCUGCAGGCUCUCAGGAUGUCCGUCUUCACACGCCUGCAGCCCAAACUGCACUGCAAACUGGGUCAGAGAGAAACUCCGGUGUUUGCAAUGCCGCUCCUGCUGGAGACGGACUCCUGGGCGGAGCGUCUCUUCCAGUCAACCUUCCACUGGGAGUUCAAGUGCAGCGAAUGCAAAGCCAACUCCGUAGAAAGAGUAACGAAAACUCUCCCUACCUUCACUAAAAUUGUUCCUGACUGGCACCCGCUCCAUGCAGUGCAUUUCUCCCCGUGCAACGUCUGCGGCAGGAAGAAUCAGAAGAGGACGAUGUUGCUGCAGAGCGUGCCUGCCGUGUUUGCGCUGCACUUUGUGGAGGGGCUUCCUGACAAUGACGUUGGCAUCUACAGCUUCAGCUUCCAGGGGAAGCACCACUCGGUCUCCACGGUCAUACAGUACAACCAACAACUCAAGCACUUUGUCACCUGGAUUCGCAAUAGUGAUGGAUCGUGGCUGGAGCUGGAUGACUUGAAGCACCCGGGCUGCCGGACCUGCCCACAGCUCCAGAUCCCUGCCCACGAGAUGCACGUGGUCUUCUGGGAGGUGGAGGACGGUGCAGAGUCUUCUGCCUGCUCCCCGUCCUCCACCUUCGUUGAAUCCGCCCCCCCCACACAGGAGGAGCUCUCCAGUCUGACAGCAGACGGACGGCCGGAUCCCAGUCCAGACCAGUCUCUCCUCAUUCCUCACAACGACACCGAUAUCGUGUGUGCGCUCUCAGAAGACGCCCCCGACCCCAUGAGCACCACCGUCACGGCCAGCGCCGACACGUCCAUCGGUGCCACGUCCCUGCUCGACACCUUUGAGGGUCUCUCCCACAGCGACAUCAUCACGCUCACGCUGGUGGAAGUGAACGCCCAAUCCCCAAACAAGCGCUUAAGUGAUAACCAGCGAACUGUAGAGUCCGGUGAUCCGAGGAAGGAGAAGUUGGUGUUCACAGCAGACAGUUCCUCCGUCGCAGCAGGUCCUGCGACGCAUGGCGGGGCUGAUGUCGACACCGAGGCCCAGGACGAAGCUAGUGAUCCAACCUUUGUGCCUAGAGUCAGAAGAGGUCGAGGGAGAGCAGCCGGGGGAGGGAAUGCUCCUUCCAGACGGAAGGUUACAAAGGCACAAGCCACUUCGGAUAUUUCCCCAGCCCCUGCAUCCACCAGAGCAGCCAGUCCAGCACCUUUUUGUCCUGCUGCUCAGGACGACGUCCCAGGGAGUGGAAGUCUCCAGCAAACAUCCCCCGUAUCGUCUACAGGACCGUCGUCUCAGAAAAGUCCCACGGGACAGUCGCCACCUGAUCAGGCCUCGCGCUGGUCCUCCAUGCUCAGCAAACACCCUCUCAACCAAGUUCAAAAGACCUUUGUAGAGCUGUCCCACGCCCCCUUCACUACCCCGGCUGCACAGAAGCCCCUGAAGUCCAGCCGGCCCGCCCACUCCACCCCGGUGCCCGUCAACAGACAGCCACUUCCCACCACACUCCCUAGGCUACGGCUCCUGACGGACGAGAGCGAGGGGCUCCCGCUGAAAGCAGCAGAAAUGUACGGAGGGUUCAACACAAAGAGCUCACCCCCCCCUCGCUCACUUCCACCCAACGCCAAACCCUCACAGCCUGUCCCCUCCCAACACCCGGCAAACAGAGCGCCCGUGCCGCCCGUCACGUCUCCCCCGGAGAGCACGUUCUUGGGAGCCGCGUCACUCCAACCGCACAAGAAGCCCAGCAGCCAGUCGUUAAAGAUUCCUCCGGGCCUCGGCGACCGGGAACUCCUAAGGUACAAGCUGAUGAGGAAACUUAAAGCUAAGAAGAAGAAGCUAGCUAAGCUCCAGCAGCUGCUGGGCGGGGAAGGAGCGGUCGUGUCGCGGCCGGACAGCACAGACCUGAACUCUCCCAGCGCCGUCUCCUCCAGCACUUACGACGGCUCCACCUGCGACGACUUCCUGCUGGACCUGCUCUCCCCGGCGACCAGCGCCAGCAACCGCUCCCCCGACAGCACCGGCUUCUUCGAGACCGCCGCCAACGGGAAGGCGGCGUCCAAUCCGCCGGACUGCGCGGUCGCCGGUGCCGGUGCCGUGUCCCAGAACCCCUGCGGUCCGAACGGGCCCCACACCGAAAACUUCCUGGAGGACUUUCUCUCCCAGUGCUGCGGGUUUGACUGAUUUAAACUAGUCUGAUUACAAGAUUACAAUCACAGACGAGCUGAAAACAUGAUAAACUGAUCAGGAAUCUACACAUCAACCUGUUUGACGAGUUGUCCUUUAAUGUUGCAGUUAAUAUUAAAGAGUAUGAAUAGAAUUUUGGGAAUAGAGAUGAAAGUCAAAUAUAAAUGCUAAACGCAGGUUUUUUGGUUUUUAUGUUUUGAUUUGCCACUUUCUUCAUGUGUACUGUAAUUAGCUUUUUUGUACAGAACCACUGUUUACGUUUAGAGCUGUUUGUGUGCUCGUUUUUUGUUAAUUUAUUUGUUUAUUUUAAACAUUGGACAAAAAACCAAGAAAUGUUUAUUCAUUAAAGUUUUCAGAUAAGUCCAGAAAAUCUGAAGUGAUUGAUAUGAAACGUUUUUGUACUGAUAAACCAGUCUAAAAGAUGAAGUUAAUGAGAGAAUAAAAGGUCCAAAUUGGAUUAAAAUGGCUAUUUUAUAAGAGUUUAUAUAUCCUAUCUAGAACGGUGCUUUAAUGUUGUAAUGUUUGUCUAAACAAAGAUGCUCUAUCACAGACAA